AUGGAUGCCAAAGUCUCUUGCUUCAACAAAAAAAUCGUUUCUUUUUCGUUACUAUACGAUUGGAUUUGUUGGAAAAUCAGUCCUCUGCGAUUAUUUGCAAUCACCGUAUGUGCAAAUGAAAAAGUAGUUUCUGAUGUGCAAAUAUCCAUGAAUAGCCGUCUCUUGCCAUACCAUUUGAAAAAGAGACAAAAACUAGAAGAAUCUUUUCCAGAGCAAAGUUUGGUCUCUCAAAAAAACGGUCAAGAUGGCACACCCAUGGAUGAUUCCGAUGACGACGACGAUGAUGAUGAUGAAUCAUGGAAAUAUUUGCCUAUGGUGUGCGAACAAUGUGAUGCGACCAUUCCUAUUCUAUCGGAACAUGAAAAAAGAUUGGAUUUAUGUGGUGACCUGAUGGAUCUGUACUCGGUUGAUAUUCAACUAAAAAGGAAUGCAUUUGAAAAAAUGCCACCCUUUGAUUCAAAGGAUGAUCUAUUCCCUCCACCAGUACCAUUAAUUGCCGAAAUCAAUCAUCGACUCGUCAAAUUUGACCAACCUGAAUCACCCCAUGUGGAGAUUUUUCUACACGAGGCUCUCAACACCACCUCGAUAGCACUCAACAGUAACAGGUCAGGAAUUGCACCCUCCAUGCGGAACCUAUUCAAUCUUAUUAAAACUACAUCCGAUCCCUCGAUGCAAUUUAGAAUUCGUGAUGCAUAUCCCUUUGUCCACGACUCGUCUACUGGCGGAUUUGAAAAUGAAAUCAAACAUGAAAUCAUGGUGAAGGAAUUAAUGAACCAUUUUUCAAUGACAACGUCCAAGCUCAUUAUUGUUUGUGGACAAUUCCCUUGCAAGGCAGCCAAAGAGGCUUUUAAUGCCAAUCCUUUGGAUUACGAAAUGGUUGACUAUAGUCAAGAAUCUUAUCACACCAUUUUAGAUAAAGCCAAAGGCACAACCGAGGACAAAGAGGUGGAUGUAAGUAGGAUAGUUCCUAAAAGGCUCAUUGCUAUCGCUCCGCAUCCAUCAGUCAUGUUUGCGUUGCACAUAACAGCAGCCUAUAUUUUGAUUGCUCAUGAUAUCUACAAAAUGGCUCCAAAGGUAUCUCAAUUUGACCCAGUUCAAACAUUUAAAUCGAAUUCCCCCUCGUCUGCCUCGUCCUCCUUCUCCUCCACGUCCUUAUCAUCCACGUCAUCUUCAUCAUCUGCCUCGUCAUCUUCAUCAUCUGCCUCGUCUUCCUCGUCUGCCUUGUCCCCGUCCUCCUCGUCCUCCUCCACGUCCUUAUCAUCCACGUCAUCCUCAUCAUCUGCCUCGUCUUCCUCGUCGUCCUUAUCAUCCACCUCCUCUUCAUCAUCCUCCCCUUCGUCCUCCAAUCAAAAUACCACCAAACGCCCAAAUCUAAGUAACAAAACAAAAGAUUUUCCUAAACUUAAACAAUGGACGUUGGAACAUCUAGUUGAAGAGGCCACAUCCCGUAAAAUCGACGUAGAGAAUAUCAAAGAAGAUCGUCUUCAAGUGGAAUGUGUUUUGUUGAAAUCGGUCCUUGGGGUUCAAAUAUGGUCAGAACAAAAAAUUGAACAGUUUGAUCUAGAGAAAUCAAACUCGAAAAAAGAUAUACUGACCUAUGCGAGAGAAAAAAAUAUCCCUUUGACAGACUAUUGGUUCUUCAUGACGUUGGAAACCCUCAAAAAAGCCGUGCAAAGGUGUCUCGCUUCCACCUCGUCCCCAUCUCCGUCCUCCUACUUGCCCACCCCUUCCUCACCCUUGACCGAUAUCUCACUCCCCUCUUCCCCAUCCUUGACCGAUGCCCCACCCACUUCAUCCUCAUCCGAUACCUCAACUCCACCCUCUUCCACCGAUACCUCAUCCUUGACCGAUACCUCAACCACCUCAUCCGAAACCGAAACCCCACCCUCUUCCACCGAUACCUCAUCCUUGACCUAUACCUCACUCCCCUCACACUCAUUCUCCUACUCCUCCUACUCUAAACCUUUUGUAAAAAAUGAAAAGUGCGUUUACAAAGAUGAAGAGAAACAUAUAAGAGCAAAGAGAGAUUUUUAUCACUCUGGAAUGUGUAGAAGGCGCCGAAGCAAAUGGAAAGUUAUGAGGGAAAACAACCGUGGCAAUUAUCUUUAUAUCGGAAUUGAUCCUGGAAGGUCAAAAUGCACGAUUGUAGACUCUAUGAAUCGUGCUCGAGUGGUUUCAGUGGCAUCUUAUUACAACCUCAUGGGCACUGACCGUCUUCUGGCAAGACAACAAAACUACAAAAAGAACCCGGUCCUGUCCAAAUUUGAAAGUGGAUUGCCAACCUAUAAUACCUUUGAUACUUUAUUCAAUGUAGAAUCUGUAUUGAGACGAAUAGAGUAUGAAAGAUUUACCCAUAGGGAUCAAUGUCGUCUUUAUUCCCAUGUAGUGACGUCCUAUACGUUUCAGACCAUGGACAAGAACAGGAACAUUGACAAGAAGCGCGCCCAAUAUGCCUAUGCAAAGAGCUUUGUACCACCAACAACAAUCCCGAAAAAUAGAAUAGUGAUUUAUAUUGGAGGGUCUGAUUUUUUCCGUGGAUCCCGAGGUGGUGGUAGAACUGGUUGUACAUCAAAGACACUACUCAGACUGUUUUUGAAUAUGGGUUACAAGGCACGUCUUGUCAAUGAAUUUAAUACCUCCAAAAUUCAUAAUGCAUGUGCCUCCAAAAUUCAUUCUACCAACAACAACAAGUUCCUAAAAAAAGCUAAACACCAAAAGGUUAAAAAUGUGUUGCCAGAAUCUUUUGAAAAGACCCAUGUUGUUGGUGCACCCAUAUCCUCCACGUUUUCAGACAAUGGUGUUCGUUGGCAAGGAAAGGAUUCCAAGUUAUGUGAUGGUUGCAAAUUGACUGAUUACAAUUGUCAAUGCUCCAAGGCUCAAUUGGCGGACAAAGAGAAUGAUUCAACUCUGAAAGUGUCUCAAUUGGCAGAUGAUAUGAAUGAAACUCUAAAAGUAUUCAUAUCACUUGAAAAUACUUCACCUUCUCCAACUAUGCUAUUGGAAUCCCUUUUCUCUUUAAGCAAAAAGACUGUCAAGGAGUUGAUAGAGUUUUGCAAUCUAAACUCUAUCAAAUACCAUCAACAAGAAGAGCCAACCAAAGGGAAAAACAAAAGAGGUUCUCACAAGGAUAGUAAGGGUGGUGCUACCAACAGCAAAAAGGACCAACUUAUCAACGCUAUCAUCAAGUUUAAUUUUGAAAAACAAAAAAGGGAUGCUAGCAAAAAUAAGAAAAAGAGGUCAAAAUCGUCAUCAACUACUAAUGAUCGUUGUAAGGACCAAGAUCAAAGCAAUAGUCAAAAGGAUGGGAACAAGUCUACAAGCAACUCUGUUUCGACCCACGAUUAUGGUUUUGGUAAGUCUCUUUGUGAUAGUCAGAUCAAAGAUCUCUGGAAGUCAAUGAACCCAAAUGCGACAGAAAUGCCAUUUAAAACUAAAUGGCAAUGGCUAUAUUGUCCAGUUUGUGAUCAUUUCUUCAACAGAGACACGAGCGCUGCAAAGAAUAUUCUCUUAUUGGGAAUCUUACACCAAACCGCAGAUUACAGGCCAUGGAUUUAUCGUCCUUUACCUGCCGAUAUCGUGCAUAUUGGGAGGAAAAUUGAUCUUGCUACAUUACAAGAACUAGAUCUUUCAUCACAAGGAUUCACAGAGACCUCUUCGUUUUCAAGACUAAAGGCAUUAGAGAUACUCGACUUGUCAACCAACAGAUUCCAAUUGAUUCGUCAUAUCAAGGGUUUGUUUGAUCUACCACGAAUCAAACAACUCAAACUCAAAGGAAACCCAGUCACCAAGGCUGAGGCAUAUAGACUCACUGUCAUUGCUAAUUUACCAACAUUACAAGUAUUGGAUGAUAUUGUAGAGGUAAAGGAUCCAUUAUUGAAUCCAUCGUCAUCAUCAUCAUCAUCAUCAACCGAUGACUCUAAUGAUAUUUUAGAAGCCAAUGUAAAGGAACCAGAACCUCCUAAAAAGGUCGAAAAACCAGUGGUCGUAGAAAAGAAAGAAGAGAAACCAGUAGUAGCAACACCAAAGGAAGAACCAAAACCAACUCCAACACCAACUCCAACUCCAAAACCAGCAGCACCAGUAGAAAAGAAAGAAGAGAAACCAGUAGCAGCAGUAGCACCAAAAGUUGUAGAGAAAAAGGAAAAACCAAUUGAAAAGGAGAUCAAGAAGAAAUUAGUAUUUGUAGACGAAGAUACAUUAUUUGAUUCAAAACCAAAGGCACAAUUAUCAUUUGAAGAAGAAGAAGAUAAAUCUAAAUUAUUAUUUGGAGAUGACGAUGAUAGCGAUUUAAAGGCAUUGGAAAAGAAAAAGGCACCAGCCAAAAAAGCAGCGGAACCCAAAAAGUUAUUAUUCGAAGAUGAUGAUGAUGGAGACAGUUUAUUUGCACCAUCCAAGAGCACCAAGGCAGCCAACAACAGCAACACCAAAUCAUCGGAUGAUUUGGAUGACCUUUUUUCAUCGUUUGGAGGUGGUCAAGACAAGUCUAUCAGCAAAGAAUUCGAUGUAUCAAGUUAUAUCGAGUCACAAAAGAAUAGAAAGAAACAAUCAUUGUUUGAAAUGGAGAAUGAAAAUAUUGACAUAAUACCAGACAGUCCUACCCUAAAUAGUAACAAUAACAAUAAUAAUAGCAAUGGAAUAGACUAUAGUCCUAGUUCACCUUCUUCUCUGAUUAGUGGUUAUACAAAACCUAAACAUCGUCCAAAGUUAUACCCAUUCCAUUUUAAUAUUCAUUUACCAAAUAGUCGUAAUAGAGCAAAAUGGAGGUAUGAUUUGGGAGCUUUUAUCGAGAGUCAUAGGGUUCAAGUUUUUAUUGUUGGAUUGAUCAUCUUGGAUUUGGUCAUAACUAUUGUAGAACUAUUCUUGGAGGAAACUUAUAAAUGUACUGAUCAUCAUGAUAUACCUCAUGCUGUUCAAACUGCUGAAGAUGUAUUUCAAAUUAUGACUUUGGUUUUACUAGGAUUAUUUGAAAUUGAAAUUAUUGGAUUACUUUUAUCAUUUGGAUUUGAUUUCUUUAAACAUCCACUUUAUGUAUUGGAUGCCAUCAUUAUUACAGUGUCUAUAGUUGUAGAUGUUGUAUUUAGAGAAUCUGCCAGCAACCUUUUAGUUAUUUUUAGAUUAUGGAGACUUGUUCGAGUUGGACAUGGUAUUGCAGUUUCAGUAGAGACACAUGACAGAAAUAAAUACAAACAUUUGAAACGACAUUUCAAGAAAUGUAAAGCACAUUACAAACAAGUUGAAGAGGAGAACCAGGAACUCCGAAAAAGAUUGGAUCUCAGUUCACCUAGCUCUCAUUUCUCACCAUCACAUAUCCCAGGUAUUAGCAACAACAACACAACCACCACCUCCACCACUAAAAGACAAGAUAAUAAUAACAAUCAUAGCAACACAUCUAGAAACGAUUUAUCGACAUCACCAACCUUUUCACCAUCGACUUUUACAUCAAUGGAUUCACCAACAGUUUCCAAUCAUUCAUCAGGCCCUCAAAGUAGAAAGAUUUAUAAACAAACCAAAACAAAGAAGAAUAAGAAAUCAAAUACUAGUAAAUACCCAAGUGAUGAUGAUGAUGAUGACGACGAUGAUGAAAUUAGUCAAGAUGAAGAUCAAUAA